UAACAACGCCGUACACUUUCAUAUAAAAGAACAGCCCUGGUCGAACUUGUAUUUACUGUCAUUUACAGGCGUGAAUUUAUUGACAAAGACAUGACCCGGGUGACUUUCUGAAAGCCUGUUUUUCAGGGAAUAUUGCAGCCGGCAAAAAUGAAGGGCCUUUUCCUUGUAGAGCCUGUGGUGGCCCUGUACGCUUUCUCCAGUUUUCUCAUAUAUCCUCUGGUGCAGCAGUACGUGUACAGGAGGCUCUGGCAGGAGCUGACAAACACCACCUAUCCUGUGUCUGACAACACCUCCAGAUGUGCGACAAACGGCAGCAACCAUUCAAGCUAUCAUGAGGAGGUACAAAGACAGGCAUCUCUCUUCUCCCUCUACACAGAGCUCUUCUCCACAAUCCCCUCUUUGGUUGUCACUCUCAUGCUUGUGGCCUAUAGUGACCGGGGAGGACGCAAGAUCACCAUCAUCAUGCCCCUGAUUGGCACGUUGAUCUACACUUUGGCCUUCCUGACAGUGUCCUACUUUGAGCUCAACAUUUACUUGCUCAUCGGCUCUUCGCUUCUCAGCUCUCUAUUUGGCGGCUUGGGCACGUUUCUCGGGGGCUGUUUCGCCUACAUAGCGGACCUGUGUGAGGACGGUCGACAGAAAACGCUGCGCAUGGCCGGACUGGACAUGAUGAUCGGCCUGUUGGCUGGGGUGGCUUCGAUAUCAACAGGCUACUUCCUGAGAGCUGCAGGCUUUAACUGGCCUUUCCUGACUUCUGCGUUGUGCCAGUGUUUGAUCCUACUCUAUGCGAUUUUCAUCCUAGAAGAGACUGUGAAGAAGACUCCAGCUGAUGCCAUUAUUCUAGAUGACGCUCCUCAACCGUCAGCCCUGAACCAGAUGACCUCUGGGGUCUACAGGAUGUUAACAGGUGCCAGUCGCAGAUGUAAGACUGUUUUGGUCCUCCUGAUGCUCAUCUUCGCCAGCUUCUCCUUCGCUUACGUGGGUGGGAUCACCUUGAUGACUCUAUAUGAGCUCAAUGAACCACUAUGCUGGACUGAGAUUUUGAUUGGCUACGGCUCAGCACUGUCCACCACUGUGUUCCUGAUCAGUUUUGUGGGCGUGUUCGGGUUCACGUACUGUGGUGUACCACAGCUGCUGAUUGUACUGAUUGGGAUCCUAUCUGUCGCAUCAGGCAUGGUCCUGGUGGCGUUUGCUAAGACCACUUUACUGAUGUUUAUAGUGAGGGUGCCAAUGCUUCUGUCUAUCAUGCCAUUCCCUGUUCUGCGCUCAAUGAUGUCAAAGAUCAUCUCAAAGUCUGAACAGGGAGCCCUGUUUGCCUUCCUUUCCUUUCUGGACAGUUUAACCAGUAAUGUAUCAGCUGCAGUCUUCAACAGUGUCUAUGCUGCUACGGUGGCAUGGUACCCUGGCUUCAUCUUCCUGUUGUCUGCAGGACUCUGUGUCAUCCCUUUGUUUUUCCUGGGGGUGGUGGGUGUGAUCGGAGUGGAUGUGGCAGAAGAGGUCAAAAAGCCAGAGGAGGAUGCUGUUGAAGAUCAGAACGACAACAGUCCUCUUAUCAGCUGAGUCACACUGAACUGCCAAAACCUCAUCAGCACUUUGUUCGUUUUCUGUCUUUCAGUCAUUUAGUUUAAGAUACUUUUUCCCAAGGUACCUCAAUGACUGUUAUAUAUGACAAUACAGGUUACUGAUUCAUCUCUUAGGUUUUGUUGCUGUGGUAGUUUGUGCUAUCUCCUGAAGCAGUGAUUUUUUUCUUUUACAAGAACAUUGUUGGAUUAGAUACACUUCAAGACGGUAGCAUAAAUAGGAUGUGACGUAUUUCAGUGAAGGGAUAAUAAGUGAUGUACAUCAGAGGUAACAGGUCUUCCACAAAGAGUUGUGGGUUAGCAUUCUCAGACAUUAUCUAUACCUCAAAAUGGCCUGACUUUGACAUUACUCAUAUAUUCAAAAGGAUUUAAAGUGUUUUGAUAAAGUUUUACACAGUGAUAUGAUUUGCAGUUUUAAAAAUAUUUGCAUUCAGAUUUCCAGUUAUGAACUGAUUCAGGUCUUUGUCGCUCUGUCAUUCCUUUUUUAGUGCAAUGUUAGUUAUUGCCUUUGCAAAGAGCUCCACUGGCACCAACGACGCAACAUAACACGAGUCCCGUUUACUAUAUAAAGUUGCUUUUAUCUGUGAAACAAAGCUACAGUUUUGAUGCAUUUUAUUCACUAAAACCCACGUUAAAAAAAAUAAUGUAAAAAAUAAAGAAAGUUAUCACAUACAUAUGAAUGUGAAACUAAUCAAAACUGUGAAGCAAGUAAACCACAGAGGGAGGAAAGGGUUUUUAAAAGGAACCACCUACUCUAAGCCUGGGUGAGAGAUGAAGUUAAAUAUAACAUGAAAAAGAGUGAAUAAUUUAUUAAAUUGGAUGGGAAUAUUAAUUCCUGUAUAUCCAGCCUUUUCUGUGCCAAAAUUAAGUAAAGUUUGUUUGUUUUUUGGGGGCAUUUUGAUCUAUUUUUACUUAAGUAACCACACAGAUGGUAAAAAUCUGAGUGCAAAGCUGUCUUGGGACUCGGUUACAAAUGUUGUAUCAUAGAAGUAUGAUUGGAAAAACAGGGAUUGUUGGUGUUUUUUUUAUAUGUAUAUAUUUCUCUGAAGUGCAAAUAAUAUAAUAAAUCAAAUGACAAAUGUU